AUGACGAUCACAAGUGAAAGGUUCAGUGAUGAUCUCAGAAAUGAGAAUUCAAGUAGAUAUAAAAGCAUUCGCGAUAGCGUUAUUGGAGAGGUAAGUGUUACGUGAUUUCUUUUAUUUGUCGACUCCUUCUGUUCGGUCAAUUUGUUAUUCUUGUUUUUUUUAUUUGUGAUUUAAUUUAUACAUAUAUGUUUUAAUUGAAGUAGGAGGUUGUUUGCCUUUCUAAAUUUAUAACUUUCUUCUUUCGCAAAAUUUGUUAUUCUUGCUAUUUUUAUACAUACAUACAUGCAUACAUAUACAUGUACAUAACCUUUUUCUAAUAAAAGUGUGACAGAAUGAAUGCCUUGUACAACUUAAGCAUUGUAUCCUUAGGGAUAAUGUUGAGGAACCGUGACAUUACAUGAAAUUGAUUUAAUUAUUGAUUAUAAUUAUUUAUACAUUUUUGCCGGCAGAUUCUUAUAAACUUUUUUGUAGGAACUUCUUUGUCUUUUUCAAUUUAGAACUGUCUUGUUGUACUAAAUUUGAUGUUAGUGCUAUUAACUUUGCGAUUUUUUUGCGCAAUUCUGCCACAGUUUUUUUUAAACAUUUUAUAGCAGCUUCUUUAUUUUUAACUCUCUUUUUUUGCUAAAUUUGUUAUUCUUUUUUUUUUUUCGCGUUUUUCUAAAUACAUUUUUGCUAGCAGUUUCUUGUUAAUUUUUUUUUGCAAAAGCUACUACCGAGAUGUGCUGGCAAAUUUUUGGUACAGCUUGCAGCCCUGGACAUGUGUUUUAGUCGCACCAGGUUUGAUUAAGAAUCACUAAAAAGAUUGUUUCCUUUCAUUAACAGGUGUCUUCACUUUAUCAACCUUUUCCUUGGUUUAAAAGAGUUAUCUUACUUGGCCUCAGGUACACUAAUACACAAUAAUUCAGUCUUCUUUAAUUGGCUUUGUCACAAGGAUAUUGCUGUUUAAGAUCAAUCAGUUCUAUGCUGAAGUCAUUACAACAGCAGUGUUCGUAGUAAGCAGAGUUAUGAAGAAAUUACGAAAAACAAAUUUCAUCAAGGAGCACUAACCACAAACGUUUGAUUGAUUUUCACAGGCAUGGUAUUAAAGGAGCUGUGUCACGAAAUUCAGCCAAAUUAGGAAAUUACAAAAUGCCCGUUAAAUUAAGAGAAACAUAAAAAUAACCGCUUAAAACUUUAAAGGAAGGUUAAAAUAACAUAACAGAUACAACAGAUGUCACGGAUGGGCCAAACUGAAGAAGAUUGAAACGGACUGAAAUUAGGAUUUUUGAAGACUGUUCAGCCUAACAGUGUUUCAAAGUUGAUCCCUGCUGCUUGCAACUUCAAAAAUAAUGCUCAGGAGACAUAUUUGUUUGUCUCGGAUCUCUGAUCUUUUUUUUUGGCAAAAUUGAACAAAACGAACUGGACUGCCGUGACACAGCUGCUUUAAAAUGUGAAGAAGUUGGCAUACCUUGUUUUAAGUUUCAAUCCAUGUCCAUCCUUACCAUCUUUUGCGACAUACGACAAGAAACAGUUUCAAUACUUUAAUAUAGUUUUUAAUAACAAAACUAGACAAGUACUUUGGAAUUCAAUUGAUGCGAAAAAGGUUUAUCUUUUUGAAGACAUAUACCAAAUAGCGUAACAUAGCCUCUUUAAGAACUAGAACUUCGUACUACCGCACAGCAUUAACCACGGUGGAACUCUGCUAACACGACCACCAUAAAGGGGGUACUUUUUGUCAAGCAAUUCUCUCCUCAUUGGCCAAAUCUUAAUUCGUCCAGUCUGUCAAAUAGUUCCCGUGCACUGACUGACACCAGUCAAUGUAAAUAAAAAGGGAAAUGUGUUCACUAAAAUCUCUCCUCUCCUACUGUUGUAACGAACUUUCUUUACUGCGCAUAAAAACGUGCAGUCCCGAGCGGCACUCGGGAACGCCCCUCGUUGCCCGUGACUUGUUUGUAUUGUGGUAAUAUUCUGGGUAAGUGGAGACUGUUCACAAGCCCCUGUUUUCUCGUUACAUCGUCAGGAUCGAGUGCUUAUAGGUACGAGCGGCCAUCUUGGUUUUAUAUGUACUGUCCAAAGCCCCCUAAGUAGAUUUGAGACUCAUCCAAGAUGGCCGACAGUGACGCAAAGUCUUUGAUCUCGACCAUCAUACGGAAAAAUCGGGGACUGUGAACAGUUUAGGGGCAAGUGGAGUCGCCACAAAAAAAUUGCGUGAGAAAUUGCAAGAUAAAUUUUCCAGUGUAAAACACAUCGAACAAGAGCCACCCAGCACACAAAAGCCUCCAAAACGCGAGAAAAUCUGAGUAAAUAGGCCAUUUCAAAACAAGGCUAAGUGCGAGGCCAUUGAUACCAAAAUCUUCGCAACAAAUGUUUUGCACUUAGCCUUGUUUUGAAAGUGAGAGUUUUUAUAUCUAGGCCUAUUGUAUCCCCUUAUCGAACAAGCUUUUACUCAUCUUCAUAACUAAAGUUUUGCAUUUCUCAAAAUAUUGUUUUUGCUUCUCUUAGUCCUGGAAGUGUUCAAGCUGAAAUUCAGAUCGAAGUGGCUAAUCCCAAUGUAAGCAUCGUUCGUAACGUCGUGGAAGUGAUAGAUAAUCUGGGAAACUUUUCACUGAAUAGGAAUUUAACAAAAGUACGAAGUGAACCAGGUAAAAAAUUCAUUUUUUUUAAACAAUUUUGUAAUGCAAUUAUAAACCCCCGUUUUAUCUUGUUCUGUUGCCCAACCAGCUGUGCCGAACUGAACUUAUUCGCCACAUUACAGGGGCGGGUCCAGACCUUCAGAUAAUAGGGAGCUUAAGCAACAACGUUUUUGAGCGACGCACGUCAACCGGAAGUGGCCUUUUUUCAUUUUUUGACGGUGGUUUCGCGCAAAUUUUCAGUCAAAUCGCCUCUAUAACAGUAAAGAAGCUAAAUGAAUACAAAUUUUAUAUCAUCAAGGCAUGUUAAGAGGGAAAAUACCUCACUUCCGGUUGACGUGCGUCCCUCAAAAACGUCUUUGCUUAAGCUCCCUUAGCGGGGAGGGGGCAGUCAUCCAGACCCUCCUUGAGAUGAGGAGGGACCCGGUCUAAAAAAGAAAUUAGUUUAGUCUAAAAAUAGCCCACCCGGCCCCUCUCCUGGAUCUGCCAGUGCAUUAGAGACGAGAAGGAAGCGGUUCCGAGUUAACUUACACAAAGACUUCUAAGACUGUGACUUAGUACAGGUAAUAGCAUGAUUUGUAGUGAUAUUUGGCAUAAAUAACACGAGUGAUAUUUCGAAACUGUUAUGCGUAAUUUGAGACAAUUUUGAAAUAUCACGAGAGGUAUUUAUGCCAAAUAUCACGUACAAAUCAUGCUAUUAUUUGUUUAUACUUCUACCCGCAAUAGUUUUGUAAUUUUCACAUGUAGGUUUUUCAAAUUAAGCUUAAAUACCACUGCUCUAAGUCAAUCAAAUUGCAGAAAUUUCUCAUGUAGUAGUAUAAAGACAGUAAUAACGGUCGAAAGCUGACUAGCGCGUCUCCAGUAACGAUUCCAGAAAAAACAUUGCGGGACGCAUUUCAGCUCCAGUUGCCUUAUCUUUUCUUAGGUGGCCAAAUUUAUACUUGCCGUGGGUUCCAGUCUCGUUGUGAUUAGGCUGAUUUAGCAACAGAACGGGAAAGUCAUUUGGCGACGGGAGAGCGCGCGGAAAGGUCUAAACUCGACUUCCGGUGCCCAAUUUGCCACUCUGCCAUUGGUCAAGCCAGUUGUUUGAUUUGCGCGCGCAGUCGUACACUGACGUUCCCGUUUUGUUGCUUUAUUACAUCCACUUUGAAAUCACUGGCUAUCCAUGCGCUGAGUCUCAGCAGUGUGACGUUCCCAUUUUUUGCUCUAAAUCGCAUUUGUUGCGUAAAUCAUGUUCUAAAUCGCAUCAUUUUGUUUUAAAUCGCACCAUUUUUGUUCUAUAGCGCAUCCUUUCUGUUUCGAAUACAAAAAUUACGCGUAUGAUUUCAGACCAAAUUGCUCUCCACUUAGUUCAAUUACCAUUAUAAAUCAGCCUAUUAACUUGCUAGUAUUUUGCUUAAUAUCCUGCUAGUUGGGUUUGAUUGGUAUGUAUUAAUAAUAUUUGUUUUAAUUUUGGUGUUCUUAACAUAUAGAAAGCGAACGUUUUAGGGAUGACCCCUUUCUUCGGUUUAAAGUGUGACAAUGGGUAUGCUUAGCUUGUGCUAGUUAUGUUGCGUUUCAGCCGCUAGGACACUUCUGACAGUCGAACAUUUAAUAGGCUGAUUUAGCAACAGGACGGGAACGUCAGUUGACGAUGGGAAAGCGCGCGGAAAGGACUAAACACGACUUCCAGUGCCCAAUUUGCCGCUCUGCCAUUGGUCAAGCCAGUUGUUUGAUUUGCGCGCGCCGUUGUAAACUGACGUUCUCGUUCUGUUGCUAAAUCAGCCUAAUGGAGUCCAAGCGCGUCCGUGCAGAGCGCGUGCAUUAAUUAAAAAAAAAAAGGACGGUUGGUUGAAGUACACCUAUGACGUCCCAUUUGAUUAAAGUGGAACCCGUUCCUACUGUCACCGACAGUUUUCUUUCUUUACAGAAACCGAUUGAUAUGCGCAACGGGCACCUCUAUUUACCUCUAGUUAAACGCCUUCAAGCAGAAUUAACCUUACUAUACGGACACUGUUAUAAGCGCAAUAAAUAUCUUAUAGUUGAAUUUUAAUUGUAAUUAUAAUUCUAAAUUUAUUUGUUUUUAUACUUAAAGACCUCGCUUAAAGACGACUUGAGACAAAUCAUAUGAAUCGAUGACUUUAAAAAUACUUUAAGAAAUUUGAAUUUUCAUCAGAAUUACUUUUAUAAUUUUUUGCUAACUUUAAUAAUUUUCAGUAAGUUUUACUUUAAUUUUGCUCGGAAAUAUUAGCUCAAUAGAGCUACUCUGUAAAUUCGAGUUAAAAUAAAGUUUAUGUAUGUAUGUAUGUAUACUUACCAUGCGUUUCCAUACCUAAGCACAAUAGCAACAUAAAAUAAAUUUCAAGGAUGAAUAUGAAUGAACUGACUAUUUAACUGACUAAAUAGAAACCUGUCUCAAAUUGAAUUGAGCGAACUCAGCCACGUCUAAUCAGAGUUCCCGACCAAAAGAGACAACCAGAUAACACGGAGACUCUGGUAUGUCCCUGUGCCGUCCGCACUAGCAGGGUUUUACUGUAUUUGCUUGUGAUUACUUGAGCAGAGUAUAGUGUAAAAUAGCUGCUGCAGCUAAGCGCAUCUCAAAGCGCAUUUGUAUUUAAUAUUUCAGACCCAGGUGACUCGCAAAAACUUAUUAAACAUAAUAGAAAUAAAGGAGGAGCGGUUUUAUUAUUCACAAAAGUCAUCGAAAAAGAUUGCACAUUUCGCGAGGGCUGACUGUUUUAAAUCAGCAAGCCAUCUGCUCUAUAUAACACAGAGAUAUUCCUUCCAUUUUAGCGAUACAGAAUGUCCUGGUAAAUGCAUCGAGCCUAUUGGUGAACGUGAGUGACAGAAUUGUCGUUAACUGUACUGUGAUUGGCGGACCUCAAGGCCUCAAAGUCACGUGGUUCAAAGGAAACAAAUUGAUUGGAUUAACCCACCGCACUAAAGUUGAUACCGGUUUACGUUAUUCACUCUUGACUAUCAGGGAUGUUAUGGCGGAAGACGAGGGAAACUACAGUUGUCAAGCAAGGUAGUGUUCUGAAAAAAAAAACUUUGUGUAGGAGGGAAGGGAGGGAAUAAAUACCCAGUCUCCCCCCCCCCGCCUCCAUGCCUUCAACACGAGCGCCACAACAACGCAUGGUGCAAGUCAAUCGUUGCACGCCCCAAUGAUGCAGGAUACAUAGUACACUUUGUAAUAAUCCCAUUGGUUAGUUCAAUAUAAUUAUCCAAAAUUUUGAUCAAAAAAAUACAUAUACUUCAUAUACUUUGGUUAAUAAAUAUUCCACAGUGAAGUCUCUUCGUACUCUCACAAACUAAAUAGAUUUAAAAGUAGUUUUUAUUUUAUUUUAGCAAGGGAUUUCAGACAGGGAACGCUAGUGUCACAGUGAACGUUUUUCCUGUUCUUGAAAUCCAACCACGAGCCAUCAGCAAGCGUGUUGGUGAGUUUUUCCUUCGUUUAUGGCAGAAUUUAUUGUAAUACAUGGAGAAGGAUGCGAGUGUGUGCCAAGGCCAUGCGAUCCCGAUAGUUGAUGAUUGUAUCACGUAUCAUCAACUGUGAUUUUCUUUCGUCCUAGCUUGCUGUCAAACGGUCAAUGAUUGUGAGUGUUUACUCUUGAUAUUUGGAAGUGGAAAUGAAGCCAUUGCUCUCGCUGGAUUUAGAGCAAAAGUUUGAAAAAAAAAGGGCAAAUCGGUGUCAUUAUGAAUGCUUUGAGCUUAGAGACCGUCGACUUAGAACAGAAAUUGGCUGAAAAACUAUUAAUUACUGCUGACUAUCAACACGCAGCAAAAUGGGAAAAACUAUCCUUUACCGACUAUUUUAUGUAGCGAUUACCUCCUCUCUAUCCACUCCUUAUUUUUCGCUAGUACGCUGGCCAGAAGUAUAUUAACAGAAGCUUGGCUCUGUCUUUUUAGGUGAUCAAGUAACGUUUAAUUGUACGGUAGUCAGCGGCUUCAGGCAGGGAGCACACGUGAUUGUGGUAGAGGUGACAGACAGAUUUAAUGAAGUCCGUUACCAGGACUCGAGCUUUGCAGUGGUAAAUCUACAAAUUCCUGGAGGGAAAACAAGCCAUACCAGAAGUUUUAAGUGUGAAAUGUGGUUCCAGCAACAGUUAUUAUCAAGAAGUCAAAUGGCAGAAUUGGUCAUUAUACCAGUUGGUAAGCGGACUGUGUCGCAGACUUAACCCUUAAGCCCCAACAUCCACAAACAAAUUCUCCACACUGGUCUCUAUACAUUUCGAUAAAUGAUAAGUUGUGAGGACUUGACAAAAGAUCAAAUAUUUAUUCUUAGGUGAUUAUUUUGUUUAUUCUCACAACCUUUGCUCUUGAUUGUGUAUUGGUAUUGUUGGGAGAAAAUUGAUGUUGGUCACUGUUGGGACUUAUAAGGUUACAAAGCAAAACCAGAGUUUAAAUGUGCUACUUAAUUAAUAGACUUUGAGGAACCCUUGUAGUUGUGGCUUUUCUUCCUCAAGGAGUGGUUAUACUUAAUAUACAAAAGUUUCUGAAUGAUGGAAAAAAUAAAUGUUAUUUUCAUGUCUCGUAAGAAUGUGUUUCCGUUAUCGAUAAAAUGGAGCUUUGAACAAGCCCGAAGUGCCCACGACUACACCAUUACAGAAGCCCUGAUUGAAAAUUCUUACAGCUUGGUUACGCACUAUGAUAUUAAGAACUGAUGUUCUUCCUUUGCCUUCCAGAUGCACCAAAAUGUCCCGCGGAACCUCUGGAGGGAGUGUCGUGGGCGGCCACGGCAGCAGGGAGCAUCGAUAUACAACCCUGUCCACCAGGAGCCACCGGUAAGUGCAUAAAGCGCAUGCGCCUGAUCAGGCUCAUGCCGUCUAAGCCACUCUCUUUUAAGAGCUUUCCGCGACGCUGACCAAAAGGAUGGAAGCGUUGGGAAUGAGAAUACGUCUUAAGCCGUCUAAAGCUUUAAACCGCAAGCCUCCACUGAUUUUUAUCACUUUAAAUGAUAAAAUACGAAUGACGUACUCAUUAGUUGUGUUUUAAUUUGAUAGUGUUUUCUACAUGAAUUCACAAGUGACUGGAAGCUUACUCGCAAGCUAGUUGAACUUUUGAGUUUGUUUAAAAGCAAAGCAUCUAGGCAGCAUGAAGUAGAUUUCCUAAUAUAUAGGGUUUUGGAGAAAUGUCCAAAGGGGGUGGGGGAGGGGGUGGGGUUAAGAGGCCUCAUUGGAGAAGGUGCUAGCAAAGACUUAACCGAGUCUUUUAUUUAACAGGAUGUUUUGCACGUCUAAGACCACAAAUCAACUCUUUUAAUGUUCUCAAUGUUUAAAGAUUAAAAAGAACCAUCGUCGUGUCUAUUCGGAGAACUGCAGCUUUGUUUCAAAUUAUUACUUGUAUAAGUUUGGUCAAACAGCGGUGUUAAAAAACUUUCUGUAGCUGAGUAACAAGAACUUGUAUUUUUACAAUUUUUACAGGAACGGCAUCACGAAUUUGUUCUCAAUCGGCUGUUUGGGGGGAAGCGAAGUUUAUCCGAUGCACUUCUCCGGAAUUUCUCCGACUGUUAGAUGAGGUUAGCUACAAGAAAGACCAGGAAGUUGAUUUUUGUAUAUUUUUGUAACGGGGAUGCUUGGCGUCGGAAAACGAAAACUAAACCCCACUGGACAUUGCUCAGGGUUUCUUUUACCCGUAGAGGAGACCAUACUCAAGCAAAGAAUGAACGUGUUUGCCUUUUUGUUAAGAUACGUCUUUACGCAAAACCUUAGCAAGAAAGACUGAGUGAACUCUUGCCCUCUUGCCUUCAGCCAUACCUUAAUGGGCCAUCCGUCUUUAACACCCCCUUUACCUUUUUAUAGGUGGGUUUUUUUGCUUUUUGUUUUCGUAUCCCUCUCAGAGUUUUUCCAUGAGUGUGAUGCGUGGAAGAUAUCAAGAACUACGUUUGAUUUAAGGAAGACCCGAAACGCAAAACAUAGCCAUCAAGAAUUGAUUGUCGCCGAUCUACUAUUGCAAAUAUUUUUGACUCGCUACCCUCUCUUGUAUUUGACACCGGUAAUAAUAUCUUGGAAUAAAUUCAAUAACGCAUAUAUAUUUACUCGUUCCCUUUCAGACCGAGGCAAUAACUGAAGGGUUCGAGACGGACUUUACUGCAAAGCAAAUCCUUUCACAGUUAGCUAACGUUUCAGAACCGGUAUCGGACAAUUCUACAAGGCCGAACGAGAUCUACGGACGAGACCUUUCUAUAUCGGUGGAUAUACUAGCCAGACUGGCAGACUAUAAUAGCAACCAAGGCAAUGUAAGCUCCACUAAAGACGUCUAUAAUUAUGCACAAGUGGCUAGUAAUUUGCUGGACUUAACCAACAGCAAAACAUGGCAGAACCUCGAAAGAGUAAGUCAAUUUUUCUUUUUAUAAAGCUAGACCUUCCUCGAAAAAAAUUAUAGAGGCACACUGCUUCCUUAAGCUAAAGUCUGACAGGUCAUUUUAAAAUUUCAAUUAAUCUAUUUUUGUCUUUCAAGUUACCAUGUUACCGCCACUGAGCGUUUUCACUCACGUGGCCAGCAUCUAUGCUAAUUUAUUGGAACAAAAGAAAGCAUUUACAUGAGAAAAGAGUUCAACUCCCCGAUAAUUUUCUGGGUACACUAACAUGGCCGCCGUUUCAUUGUUUUGGAACACCAAUAUGGCCACCGUGACGUCACGUGAAAACGCUCUAUAGUAUAGCUCCAACAUCUGGUACAUAAAUCACACGCAUCUCACAAUCCCCUGAUUAGCUUACUGAAAACCUUUCUUCAGAGGUUGUUUCACUGUUAUUUUAACAAUGUGUAAUAGACAUAUCGACAAAGCAGCUAAAGGUUUGACAGCUUUGUGAGUCUUCAGCCCUUGGAUAUUGACUGUCAAAAGAGAAGCUACGGAUUCCCAUAUACUGAGUGUAUCCUGGGUAUGAAUAUCAAAUCUACUAAGGGGGCGGGGGACGGUUUGGGACUAGGCGAAGAGGAAAGGGACUGUGGCAACGUUAUUCAGCUUGUGUUCAGGGGGUGUGGCAUGAAUUUCAGGCCAUUAUUAUUAAAACAAAAGGAAAAAACGCUUUGAAAGGAAACAGAAAAGCAAGCAAAACAUGGCUGUUACAUCUGAUAAUCCUGCCCAACUUUUGCGUUUAGCCGGUUCACUGUGUCCAGUAGGGAAUCAAUUGUGCCAAUAGGUCCUGAUUUUCUCUCUUAAGACAGUCCAAAGAGUUAGUUAUGUUUAAAAGAUUAAUAGAAAGGACAUUAUUACAGAAAAGCUUACUAGUGAAAAAGCAAAAGUUUCGACGAGCUUAAAACUGAACCUCCCUCUUGGUCAAUCUAGCGCUGACCGUUGUGGGGUAAGCCUAAUGAGAAUUAUGGUCCCCGGGUAAUGGGUAAUAAAGGAUGGGUAUUUUUUCUUUUAUUCAGUGGAGAAUCUGUCCAUAUGAUCAAAUCAUAACCUAAUUAAUCCUGUUUAUAUUAUUAUAACUCAAAAAUUGAAAAGGUUUUCGCUCAGUUCUAACAGAUGAAAGGGAACUGAAUAUAAAGGAAGGGUCAGUGUUAUCAUCUCGUAAACUGACGUGUUCGCAUUGUUUUAUCCUCAGGCGGGUCAAGGCAGGGGCCGAACUCUGGUCAAAACACUCGAUAUUUAUGGACUUGGAGUCGCUGCAACUUUAAGUGGAUCCACAAAAUCCAAGACAGUUGAAACGAAGAACUUGGUAUUAAGGAUCGAUCGGGUUAAGCGGGGUAGUCCGGUAUGAGCAAGUUUAAUUAUCUACUUGAUAUGAUGUGAUAUGUAUGAUGGUGCUUGUAACCGUUAUAAAGGGGUUUACAUAUUUCAUAUCUAGUAAGCUGAAAAUUGUUGAUUUCAACCGUAAACUACCCCAAACUCGUUUGCAGCUCCUCACAAUGGUGAGAGUUAGAGUUCUUGUCAAGCCUAGAUUUGUUCAGCUUUUCUUGACAGCAGUCAUGAUUCCGUCGCUUUCUUUUGUUGUCAGAUAGAGCGAUUUUCGUACGACCUUGAAAUGAAAACGCGCGGAGAAAAUAGAAACGAGAAACGAACGGAAAUAGAGCGAUUUGAUUGGUUUAUUGAAAGGAUACAAACGUGCGUAGCUAUAACCACAUGUCUUAAGUGCCACCACUUAGACAUGUGGUACCAGUUAUCAAAGCACGCAAUGCAAAUGGUAUCACUUGCAACUCUGUCGUUUUCAGCCUAGCGUUGCUGGCCCUGGGAGCACGCGCACCUGGGAGUGUGCGUGUUCCCUUCUUGCGCUCUGUAAAAACUAGCCUAACCGGCGCCUGCCUCCCAGGCAAUUUUCAGUGUUUAACCAUACUGAGCAAACUGUAUUAUUUUUCUCCAUUUCCUUUAGUUGAAGAAAGAAGGUUUAAAUGUCUCGUACAGUCAAAGUUCCAUCUACCUACCUCGGCAAACUUUUGGUGCUCCAGACUCACGUGUCGUCAGUUUGGUUUAUCCAACUCUCUACGAUGUUUUACCGCUGGCCAAGAGUUCCAGGGAUGACAUGCCCCUCUAUCCUAAUACUACUGUUGUCUCUUCCACGGUGUUACCCAGGCCACCAGAUGUUUUAAACGAUCCGCCUGUUAAGAUCAUUCUUCAGAACAGAGGGGUAUUACAUUUUAUACCUGUCUUAGUUUUUGGUCGAUUAUUAACAUGCGUUAAUUCCACUCAGUCUUAAUCCUGAAAAUGCAAAUCCGAAUAGUCGUUAUUAGUGUGACCAUUAUGUUUUUUGUACUCUACGAUCUCUACAGGGCUAUCAUUAUUGUCUAUAGCCUCGACGCUGGGGUCAGAUCUGUUCGUCUGGAUCAAUUUGGACAGGCCCUAUAAUAGCUUGAAACAAUGUGCACUGGACGUCUCAAAGCAGCCGAUCCAUCCGCUGUUGUAAAUCAUUAACUUUUAAGAAUGCGAACGAUUCUAUUGUUUUUGGAAAAAUAUUUUUUUAAGGUAAAUCCACCCUCCUUUUUUCGUCUUUUAAAUUCACUGGCAAGCUUUUUAAGUGCCUUUGAAGUUUUACUUUUAACCCGGUAGCUAUUUCCAUGACUUACAUGCAGUUUACCCGUAACUGGUGAUAUUAGAUAAAGCUCUGGAUGCUAACUGAAUUAUUUUAGUUCCUAUAAAUUUUAAACAUACUUAUUUAGACAAUUUUUUCCCGGAAAUUUUUAAAGGAUAAUGCCCCAGCUGAUGCGACACCCAACGCAAGGUGCGUAUUUUGGCGGCCCGGAGAAGACCCAUUUUGGCAAACCAGUGGUUGCAGACUUGUCCCCAGUGAGUCCGAUAAUGUUUUGACAACAUGUGAAUGUGAUCACCUGACCAUCUUUGCAGCUCUUAUGGAUCCAUUCGACUCAUCUGUAAGUCGUAUAAACCUCACUACUGGUAGUGUUUUUUUUUCGUAUCUGAUUCGAUAAAAUGCCAUUUUAAAUAAUUAACCGAACGUCAGUCACUAAGUUGUAAAGACAUCAUAAUUUUCAUGUUACUUCAUAUGAUACAAAUUUUAACCUUUAUGUAUUCCUGUUUUCCUGUAAAAAGAGUUCAUGCACAAACAGCAAAGUUGGCUGCACACAUUUUAAACAGCCAGUUAAUUGAGGGGAGGAGUAAGACCUUCGCCAAACAUUAUUAUCAUAUUAUGUUCAGGCCCGAUUGAGAUGUGGGAGAAAACGUUCGAUCACGCUAAGGUUCAGUCAUGAGGAUUUAUUUAUUUUUUUUUCUGAUUGAUCGAAAGAUAUUACAAAACAUGACGGAAGCCAUAUUGAUGAUCAUGACAUAGAAGGAUGUGGAUAAGGCCGUCGCAAUUACUGUCAACGUUAAACAAAAACACUUAAUUAAAUCCCCAGAUUGGUGAAGCUGACAAGAAAGCGUUAGAAAUCAUCUCAAUAGUAGGAUGUACCAUCUCUCUUCUUGCUGUUCUCAUUACCAUUGCUGUUACAUUGUACUUCUGGCGAGUGGUGAAGAGUCCAAGGGCUAAAGUCCUGCUUAACGUGUGUGCUGCACUUGCUUUGUCCUGUAUAUUCGUUAUAGUUGAAGGAUCUGCGAGAGACAGUAAGGUAAGGUCCAUAUUCGUUCUCUGCUAAACUCUUUACGAAGGCCAGCCCUGCUUAGUGUUUAGUUCUCAAAUUGAUAAGAUUCAGUGGUUAGGUUGGUGUUUUUUAUAGAAGAGGAUCAGAUAAGAGAAGCUUAGCUAGUUUAGCUUUGCUUCUAUUUCUUGAAACUCAUUGUUAACCUGUUACUAUUUUCUAUCCAUCGUAAAUUAUCUUGAAGAAGCGAAAGAGUGAGUAAUCAUCGCGUGUCCCGCAGUUUAGCUGCAGUUAAGUGGCCCAAAGUCAUUUCAAGUUUAGAAACUAAACUAUGUCACACUGGUUUAUUCUUUAUUUCCCGAUGCAUAUUCCCUCAUUAAACUCAGAACUGCAACUCACUCUACUAUUUUAAAAAUUCCCUUUCCUCAACUGAAAAACACUUAUCAGGUUUGCUCUGGGCAUUUCGCUUACGGCAUACCUAUUCGUAAGGGGAACUAAGUUAUGGGAGAAAACCGCUUAGGAAGUCUACUUUUUAGGAAAAAAGUUUUAUGGCUCGCCGAUAAAGCCUUCCGAAUUAUUUUGCUUCAAAGAAAAUAAAUUUUGCUGCGUUUAGUAUUUUUUCUUAGCCGCAAAUGCGACAGCUAUACGCGUAUGAUGCAAAUGAAACCACCCAAAGAUUCCCGAAGAUUGUUUGAAGACGGGAUGAGCGCAGGACUCACAAACAUGGACACGGCUUGUGGAUUCUCUGUUCUGUAUCACGUGUUCGCUCGAAAACAAUGCAUUCUCUGUUUUGCAUUACGUCAUAAAAGUUACCUUACACUAACUUAUGUUACAUCGAUUCCGCGAGAUUCAUUCUGCCAUGGAACUUUCGCGCACGGCUUUAUUAGGCUGCAGCCUUGCAGCCAAGACACGAGGCUGCUCAUUGGUAAUUAGGCAAUUUCCAGUUUUUUAGUAGUCGUGCAAAACGGCGGAGAAAUGUACAAGAAAGUGUGUUCCACAUGCGAAGUUGUUGCUUUGCCUUCUAAACCUAUUGUUUCUUUGAUCGUAAAAGUCCCUAAUAACUCGCAGGUCCGAUACUACGGCAUUCGAAAUAGUUUCCUUUUUCUGGCGUAACGGGCUCUUUUCAGACGGACAAAAAGUGGGAAAACGAUAUGUUUUUUCUUUUAACCUGAGCCUGUGAGUUUUCCAAUGUAUUCGGUUUUGUGAUAAUCUUAAGGGAACUGUUCUUUUUUUUAUGCACGUGAAUAGGUUUUCCUGAGAUGACAAACGCAGACAAAAAAAGGUCGAUUGAACUGCAACUUCUUUGACAAGAAAGAGCAUAAUAUAAAUCUUUUAUUUUCUGUGGUCUUAUUUUCAGGCUGGUUGUACUGUGGUAGCAGUGUUUCUACAUUAUUUCUUACUAGCCUUAUUUUCCUGGAUGCUGUGUGAGGGUGUGUUACUCUACAUUUUACUCGUGAAAGUAUUUGGAGGUGGAGCUGAAGAAAAAGUCAAGUAUUUCUAUAUUUUUGGAUGGGGUAGGUAAAGUAAAUUCAGUUUCCAUCAGCAGUCCUUGUUUCCCAUCACAGAUCUAAGAACAUAACACAGCAAGCUAUUGGACUCGACUAUGUUAUUUAGCUGAAAUGAUUUUUUGAUAUUUUGGUGUCCUUAUCAAGAGACAUUUUUCCAGAAAAAAGUGGAUUAAACCGUUAAAUCGUUUACUUAACAUCUACUAGACAAUCAAGGGUGACCGCCUUUGCGCCACCACAAUGACCGCUGACCGACAAUAAGAGACGGCGUUCCUUACUGUUAACUCUGUUAAGUUUCAUUUAACACCUUUAUAUACAAAGUUCUUGUAAAUAAAGUUACAUCUUAGAGCUCUAAACCUGCCACUCCAUUUGCUUAAUUUGCAAACGCAGAUGUGCAUGAGCCAAUCCACUUUUUUACAGUCAAAACUUAGAUGCAAAAAAGAGUCAUGAUGUCACUCAUUCGUAAAGUCAAAUUCGUUUAGCCUGCAGGAAGCUCUUGAGUUGAAUUGUGCUCUUUUCAUUAUAACGGAGGACCAUACCUACCGACUACAACCUUGAGGUCUAGCUUUCGGUCUUUAUCUACAGAUGCCAUAUAACAAUGAAUGAAAGAAUGAAAGUUUGUACAUGAACUGUUGAAGGUUUUCAAAUCAUUGCAGAGCCUCUUGAGGUUACUUUUUCCUAACUGUAGCUAUAGCACAGUCGACUCUCUCUUAAUGAACACCUUUAUAAGACGCACACGUCUGUAAAAAGAACGCCUAGAGUUAGUCCCUGCCUUUCGUUACUCCCUUUAUUUCAUUUUCUAUUAGACGGACAUCUCUCUAAGACGGACACUUACUACCAGUCUCAAAAGUGUCGACGUAUUCUUUGACUAUUUUUUUCCAUCAUUCGCUCUGCCAAGUGGCCUUAAUUUAUGCUGAGUUUCCAAGUAAUAUUCCAUGCAGUUCACCUAAAAUGACCACGAUUAAUGUAACUGGGGAAAAUGGUCUUACUUUGUCUUAUUUUGAUUCUUAUACCUCUGUAGGUUUCCCAGCGCUUAUAGUGGUUAUUUCAUUGGCGGCUACUCAGGCUGACGGGUACGGAACCUCGGAAGCGUGUUGGCUUGAUGUCCCCAGUGGUCUGAUCUGGGCAUUUAUUGCUCCUGCAGUAAUAAUUAUUUUAGUAAGUUAAUUUUUAUUUUCAACAGAAGAUAGAUUCUAAACGAUAUAAUAACAACUGCAAAACAGCUGUUAUUAAUACAUGUACAUACACAACUUAGGCGAGGACCAAGCGUCGAACUAUACAUGAGAAGAGCCACUUGUAGCCUGCAAAUACAGCCAUCCCUCCGUGCUCCCUCCAGGAGCGAGGAGACUGGAGACGGCUGUAUAAAGUAGACGCUUUUAGUUAAAACUAAGCGUCGGACUAAGUUCAAAAGAAAAAAUAUGGUGCGGAACAAGCUAUAAUUGUUCCGUGGAACCCCACUUUGCGAAAACGCGUUUAAAACGGCAGUCUUAUGAUUUAUUGAUCUAAAGCUUUGCAUUUUAUAGUUUGAAAUAGACUGACAAGCUUGUCUAUCCACAGAUUAACAUCGUAGUGUUUGUUUUGGUGAUUCGACAAAUGAUGGGAACCCGACACGUGCAAAACAAGACGCAAGUCGAAAAAGUUAAAGCAGGGCUGAAGGCCACGGCGGUCAUCCUUCCCUUGCUUGGUAUCACUUGGUUAUUCGGACUUCUUACCUUUAGUUCAUCAACUGUCGCAUUCAAGUACAUGUUUGCCAUCUUCAAUUCACUUCAAGGAUUGAUGAUAUUUAUAUUUCAUUGUCUUCUUAACAAACAGGUAAGAAGACGUAAAGAUUUUUUAGAGUCCAUGAGCUGCAAUUUAAGUAUCGCUUAGGGAUAUUUCGGCCCACUUUAAAGUUUUGGUAAUUCGUAACGGGACACCAAAGGAAAAAAAUCCCUCGUCAUAAAUACAGCCCGAUUGCUUUCAUUUGGAUCUUUGCUACAGUGUAUUAGAUGUUUAUUGUGAUUUGAUUUUUACACCUCAGUGACUUAAAAUUAGGUAAUCGACAAAAAUUUUCCUUUCCAACCGGCUAGAAAUGACGUCAAAAACUCAUGUGCAACCACGAGACGCAGACUGGUGAUUUCAUUGGAAGUCUGCUCUCUUAUCGACCCGAGCUCUCGACUGAUCAACGCUUGAGAAAUCGCUCAGUUGUUGUAAAACAUUGUACAAAACCACCCCUGCAUGAUAGACUUCUUCAGGUAGUUCUUCACAGUAGUUUUGACGGCACUGUUUUGAUCGUUUGGGCACUCAAACCUUUGAUUCUUGGGAAUCUUUAAAAGCCACUAAUGCUGUAUUCCUCCCUCCUUUGCACGUUUUGGAUGGAAGCCGCCCAGUGCUAUUUUUUGGGUAAGACGAAUAACUGGGCCAUUACAAUUGUACAGAACAAGAGAAGAUGUAUUUUGUGCUUUUUUGUUUCACCAGAUAAAGGAUGCCAUAAAAAGAAUACGAGACAAAACGAGCUCUGGUGUCGUGUCAUCGACACCUAAAACCAAGCCUUCUCCCAUCUUGCCAUCGAAGCAAGUCAUUCAGCCUGGAAAAGGUGUUUUGUCGUCUGUUUGUGAUAUUGUAACCUAUUUUUCAUUCAUAAUAUUUUCCGUUUAUUAUUGGCUCAAAUCCACCGACUUAUUCUUCAAAACCAUAAGAUGAAUUCUUCUUUUUAGUUUUUCAAAUAAAUACUUAUUUUAUUAAAUGUAUUCAAGUACUUUGGGUGAAAAACUAAGUUUCCCUCCUUUAAUUUUGUUUCAGUACCAAAGAAGCGAUCAAACCGAGCUCAAAAUGAUUAUGAAAUGAUGGAGUCUCUUCCUCGUGACAGCGUUUCCGAGCUACCUUCCGGCUCAGUGGCAGAAAAAAACGUUAUAGUUAAUAUACCGAGCGAACAGCAACCUGAGGCCAAAACGCAUCUUAGAGACGCAACGAAAAAUCUGUAUGAUUUGCCGGAUAAGGGCGAAGAAAUCGUUCCAGUUAACAGCACAGAGGAGAAAAGCGCCCCGAGCGUCUUUAUACCACCAAACGAUGAGACAAUAUUACCCAGUAAUGAUGAACCUACUUCUCUAUCAGUCUCUGAGGAGAGUAGUGCCGACGGGAAAGACGUCCAUGAAUCCUUAAUGCGUAAAACAGAAGGCGCAAAUACGAAUGAGCAACCGCUUGAAAAUCAUGAAAAGAGGUUGUCAUUACAAGGAUAUGCAAAUGACAUUUUUGCCAAAACUCCUCCAAAAGCAGAGGAAAUUCUAGGGAGAGAAGAAGGUCGUUUAACUCCGAAAGAAAGCUUGUCUUCCUCAUCAUUAAAUACGGAGGAGGAAAAUGGAGAAUUGUCAGCGGAAGUAAAUUCAGGGAUUAGUCCUGUUGAAGUCAGUUGUAUUAUGGACGAAGGACCUCUAGAGGGAGCUCUACCCUCAACCUUCUCAGAAGAGACAACAUCACGGAUAGGUGCAAAGGUAAAGUACCACCAAUCUUGUCCUAGUCCUUAAAAUUCUGCUUAUGUUUUAGAAAUUAAAAUUGGCACAUAUCGUCAAGACUAGGAGGGCAUCCUAGCCGAGAAAGACAUCGUGCACAUUGCAAAAGAAAAGUCAUUGUAAUAAGUUAAAAGAGUUGUUCGCAAUGGCUCAGAAAAUGUCAUUUAGGCAACGGAAGCCCUACAGUCUGUCUUUGUAUUUGCAAUAAGGUUUAGUUAAGGAAUUUUAACUCGUAAAGACGGGAAUAACGUUCGUUAGAAGCUAUUAUACCAUCUAGGUAGAACAUUGAAAUAAUCGAUAAAAAAAAUAAAUGUCUUUGCACUAAAAAUGUACAUGGUUUCUGUUGCGACAGAGAGUAGAUCCAAGAGAGGUUAAAGAUGAGGUCAACAAUGACGAGGAUUUUGAGGUAAUAUAUCGAAAUAAGAAUUAAUUUAAACACUCUAUAUCCUUCUCUUGGGAAUUCAGUGACUUUUUUUUCAAGCUACCGCAAUACUGAACAUUCUGCACCCGUAAGAUAAAGGGUUUUCUAAGGGCUUGUUUACAUGAAGGUGGGGGACCCCGGGUAGCUGAGGUAACCUGCUUAGGUGGGGUAACCCGCCUGUCCAUAUAAUCUCUCAUUUUAAUUUGCUCAUGUUUACAUGAUAGGUGGGGUGACCCGCCUCAUGUUACCUCACCUAUCUGGGGUCCCCACCUCCAUGUAAACGGGCACUAAGAAACCUCGUUUACACCUACUUAUAACUAUCGGGAUUCACUUUUAAAUUUUAAUAAUUGAAACAACAUUUACAACGUGUCAAGUUCAAACGUGCGUGCAACGCCUAUAUCUUCUUACUUUGAGGUGAAAUUGCUACAUUCUUUGACAUCUUUUGAACUACAUAAUCAAUUUAUUUAUAUAUUUUCAUAUAAAUUUUCAGAUAAAAAUGAGAGAAAGGCGGAAGAAGGUAGAUGCGGUUACUAAAGCAGCUGAAGCAUUUACGUCAUCACAAAAAAAAGUCAAACCACCAAAAAGUGUAAGUAAACUGUUAGUUUUGUUGUCGCAGAAUUGAAUAAAACAUUUUACGAGAUUUCGGUAGCAAUGAGCUUCUGCAGCUACCUUUUUUUGGUGCGUUUUACACAGUUUGAUGUGUUUUACAAAGAGAGCUAGGGUAUAACUGCAUCAGAGUCCAACCUGAUUCAUUUUCUCUUUUGUCUGUUUCUUUAUCUAACUAUGUCGUCUCUGUUGGUUUUUAACUGACAGCCGACGUCAGGACAGCAUCGUUGGGAAAAAAUUCGUCAAAAGAUGUUCAGAAGAAGCUACAAGGUAGAACACCCCGGUGAUACAAGUGGCAAACCAUCCCAGAGCCAUAAUCCUGAUGAUGUCCCGGAUGUGGAAUUCGCUUGAAGUGAGCUUUAUCUUCAGAUAUCUUUAGUCCACUAAGCUUGUUUGAUGACGAAGGCUGAAAGGAAAAAGGGAGGGAAUCCUGGAACCUCUUUGUGUUGCCGUAUCUUCUGAUUCCUG